AUGCCUUCAUAUGCUAAAUUCCUUAAAGAGAUUCUAUCCAACAAGAAAAAGCUUGAGGAUGACGAAAUCGUUAUGCUUACCAUAGAAUGUAGUGCUAUCAUUCAAAACAACAUGCCUCCUAAACUGAAAGACCCUGGUAGCUUUUCCAUACCAUGUGUAAUCAGAAAGUUUAUCAUAGACAAAGCUCUAUGCGAUUUAGGAGCCAAUGUUAGUCUAAUGCCCUUAUCCACAUGCGAAAAACUCAAUCUAGGAGAAUUAAGACCAACAAAGAUGUCUCUGCAACUAGUUGACUGUUCCGUUAAAUUUCCCGUAGGUAUGCUAGAGAACAUUCUCGUUUGUAUAGGAAUAUUCUAUAUUCCUACCGACUUUGUUGUAAUGGAUAUAAAGGAGGAUUCCCACAUCCCUAUUAUCUUAGGAAGACCCUUUUUAGCCACAGUCGGAGCCAUCAUAGAUGUGAAGAAAGGAAGGCUGACAUUCAAAGUCGGAGAAGAAAAAUUUGAAUUUUUCUUAGCUAAAUUCCUACAAGCAUCAGCUAUAGACGACUCAUGUUGUUUCUUAGACGUCAUAGACGAAUACGUGAAAGAAAUGAAGAAGGAACCAUUUAAGUAUACUGAAGUACUAAAGAUUCCAACACCUCUUAUAUUCGAAGACGAUAAUUACUGUGAGACAUGCGUAGAUGACAAUCUGAGAAAAUGUCUAACACUAACACCAAAUCCAAUACCAUGCACCGAGAAACCUUCAAUAGAACUUAAAACACUACCCAAAGAUAUAAGGUAUGACUUCCUAGAUAUCGAGCUUGAAAGACCAGUUAUAGUCAACGCUGACUUAGGACAGAUAGAAACCGAAAAAUUACUCCAUAUCUUAAGAAAAUAUCCAAUUGCUCUAGGCUAUAACAUCUCCGACCUAAAGGGAAUAAACCCCUCUAUAUGUAUGCAUCACAUUAUGCUACAGGAGGACUGUAAAACCUCUAAAGAGAAUCAGAGAAGAGUAAAUCCGAUCUUGAGUGAUGUAGUAAAAAAGGAGGUAUAA